AUGCAAAGUCAUGUAGUUCUUGGGCAAGGUGAUUCUGCCAACCGCAAAAUUCGGGAGCGAGGAAAGUCGCGUAAGGGUAUGAAGACAACGCCUUUCAAGCGCCCGCGCCAACUUUUGCGAACAGGGAAACGACCAGAACAACUGAUCGAGGCAAGCAAGCGAACAUGCCGGGCGGUCCCAAAUGUUGCCAUUCCACGAUUGCUGAAGUCCGGAAGAUUUGAGUGCCGGCAGCGUCAUCACCACGAGGGGAGCCAACACGUACCCGCUGCGCAGUGUGGCUCUCUCAACUUUUUGGUGCAACCGGGCUGUCUAAAACGCUGCCUUGACUUUUCCUUUCAAAAAAGCUCAUUCGGGUGCAUCUCGUGCCUCCCAGCAGAGAUAACAACGACUCUUCACCUAGACUCGGUGGAUGAGUUCCGAGUCGAUGACUGCAUUGAUUGGAUGACCUCCCUUUACCCAGGUGUGUCGCAGGAACCUGCUCCAUGCGUUGGUAGCGUGGCUUGGACCAAACUCACCUACGGUCUUUCUGUAUGGAAGCUCGGGCGACUAGACCUCACCUGCAAAUGGGGACACCGUUUUCUCACUGUGGCAAACGUCAUCCGCGAAUUCUUGCGCAGAUUCUCCAUUGAAUGGCAUGGGAAUCGCCAGCCGCAUCUUCUUCGAAUGAUGCGACGCGAUUCCGCUCCAGCGUCACAUGUGGUUCUUGUGAUAGCAGAUAUUGAAGAAGAUGCACAGAAACGACUGCUUCUGACCCUUUCGGAUGGUUGGUAUCUUGCCCGUGCGGUUCUUGAUCCAAUCCUAGAGGGGCGCGUGUUGAGGGGAAAGCUCCGCAUAGGGGAGAAAAUUCAUGUGGCCGGUGCUCGUUUGCAAUCUACUUCUACGAGGCGUGAAUUGUUUUGCGGGGACGGUGAUGAGCUCUGCUCCAGUGUACUUCGAAUUUGUACAAACAAUGUGCGGAAGCGCAAAAGUAGCACAGCUGCGCGUCUCGGUAUCCAGCGCGCUCCAUUAUGCAGCAACUCUUUAAAGUGGGUAAGAGACGAUGGUGGUCAAUGCCCAGCUACAUACGCGGUUAUUUUGCGCUCGUACCCACUUUUCUAUAUGGAGAGAGUUGAUCGAGGCCACGCGAAUGAGCAGGACAAUGCCCUAGAAUAUGUUUUCCGCCGGGAGGAUGCUGAAUUCGAAGCCAGAUCUACACAUGAAGAGAUCUGGAGACAAAGACUGCCCGCUGCUGCCGAAGGAAAGCGUACUAAAGUGUGUGGAGGUCAUGGAGACGAGAUUGAAGUACAAAGGCGGUCAGUAAGUAGCGUGAACGAAGUGCUGAUAUGUGGCAUUGCUGAUGAUCCGCUUGAUCAAUCCGCCAGGAAGCUAGUUCGAAUUUACAACUCCACCGAAGACGUUCAAGCAAAUUUGAGGGGAGAAGGGCAAGUUAUCCUUUUCGCCAAUCUAUGGCCGAAGAAGUCCAGAUGGACUGCAAAGCCAGACGGGGUCAUAAUUCCCCGAAGGAUCACGUUUUCGAACCUGUAUUCGCAGUAUCCGCGGAGUAUUUGUUCCAUCGUAGAUCUUCAGUCUGGCACACAAGUAGCCGGGAUGGAGUUCGAUGGUGCUUUCAUCGCCUUACAUGUUUCUAGCCCUACGGAUGCUGGAGAUAGGCGGUUUGCAUAUUUUGCGGACGAACUUAGAAGCGAAAUUUGCGUUUUGGCACUUGAGCUGGCUGGCGCUGACGUGAACUUCCUGCCGAAGACUCUCCGAACAACACGAUACGGGCGCAAAUUUCCAGUAAUUGCCCUCCAAAAUGUUCAGUAUCAAGCAAUCAGUGGAAAGCACGACCUCGUUCACGCUAAAGCAACCAUCCGAACCUCGUUUAUCUCCUACCAAGCCCUUCACCGGAAGAGAGCCCCUGGGAUUCUUAAACAAGUCGCAAUGAAAGUCGAAGGACAAAUCUCUGGAAAACAAGCAGAGCUGGAGGUUCUGAGGGAAGCCGUUGUUUCUUUCGCGUCAGGGGUGCGAGGGAGCAUUGGGGCAUACUUUACGAGUACUCAAGAAUCGUAG